UGGGGCUGAGGGAGGAGGAGUCGGUCCAGGGAGUUUGGAACAAUCGCGUCCUCUGGUUGGUAGAGUUCAACAUAUCACUGAGUCUGGGGAAUUUGCUGAGUAACAAAAAUAAAUCAAAUUAAACCAGGAAGACAGGGUGAUAUCUCAGUUUUUAAAAUGGAAAAUCAGAUGUUUGAAUCAAAUGAAGAGCGUACAUUUCAAUACCAGGACUCAUUACCUCCAUUACCUGUUCCCUCUCUUGAGGAAUCCUUGAUGAAGUAUUUAGAUGCAGUGAAGCCAUUUUUGAAUGAAGAAGAACUUCAAAGAAGUACAGAAAUUGUUAAAAGAUUUGGAGAAGGGAUUGGUAAGCAGCUGCAUCAAAAACUUCUGGAGAGGGCCAAAGUUAGGAGAAACUGGCUUGAGGAUUGGUGGCUUCUCAGUGCCUACCUGGAUGUCCGCAUGCCAUCAAUGUUGAAUGUAAACUUUGGAGGUCCUGCACCCUACUUAGAACAUUAUUGGCCACCAAAAGAAGGCACUCAGCUUGAACGAACUGCUAUUGCUGUCUUCUACAUGGUGCAGUUUUGGAAACUACUUCGAAAACAACGUUUGGCUGUACACAAAGCUGGUAGUGUGCCAUUAGACAUGGACCAGUUUCGGAUGUUAUACUGUACCUGCAAAAUACCUGGAGUAACCAGAGAUUCCCUUGUCAGCUGCUUUAAGACAGAAGCUGAAGGACCAUGCCCCUCCCAUUUAGUGGUUCUGUGUCGUGGGCGAGUAUUUAUCUUUGAUACUGAGUAUGACCAUCACAUCUUAACACCACCAGAACUUUUCAGACAACUGACUUACAUCAGGAAAAGAUGUGACAAUGAACCUGAAGGACCAGGUGUGUCAGUGUUAACUUCUGAAGAAAGAACACAUUGGGCAAAGGUACGGGAAUAUCUAAUUAGCUUGGAUCAGAAGAAUCUGACUAUAUUGGAAUACAUUCAGAGUUCCUUGUUCAUACUCUCACUGGAUGAUACCAGUCCCCCUGCAUCACCUGAAGACUAUUCUCAAAUAUGUUUAUCAGCACUAACUGGAAACCCAAUUAUACGAUGGGGUGACAAGUCAUACAAUUGCCUCAGUUUCGCCAAUGGAACUUUUGGUUCAAAUUGUGAUCAUUCUCCUUAUGAUGCCAUGGUAAUGGUUUCCAUGUGCUAUUACAUUGAUCAGACUAUCAAGUCCGUGGAAGGCAAAUGGAAGGGAUCAACUGCAGUUCGUGACUUUGCAUGGCCAGAGGAGCUGGUUUUUGUAUUGGAUCAGAAGGUUCUCAAUGACAUAGAUCAAGCUAAGCAACAGUAUUACAAGCAGGCAUCGGAUGUCCAAAUUGUCAGUUAUGCCUUCACUGCAUUUGGAAAAUCUCUGAUUAAAAUGAAGAAGCUUCACCCAGAUAUAUUUGUACAACUUGCACUUCAGUUAGCCUAUUACAAAUUCCAUGGCCGACCUGGCAGCUGUUAUGAGACUGCAAUGACUCGACGGUUUUAUCAUGGCCGAACAGAGACAAUGAGACCAUGUACUGUUGAGGCAGUAGAAUGGUGUAGAGCAAUGUUGGAUCCAGCAGUUUCUAAUGUGAACCGUCAACAGCUGAUGAUGAAAUCUUUUGCAAGACAUCACAAACUGAUGACUGACUGUCAAAAUGGUAGAGGCUUUGACCGACAUCUCCUGGGUCUGAUGCUUAUAGCUAAAGAAGAAGGUCUUCCUGUGCCAGAGCUCUACUUAGAUGCUGCCUUUACUAAAAGUGGUGGUGGCGGAAACUUUGUUCUUUCAACUAGCCUUGUUGGAUAUACUACCGUCCUAGGUGCUGUCCUUCCUAUGGUCCACAAUGGCUAUGGAUUUUUCUACCGUAUCCGGGAUGACAGGAUUGUAGUUGCUUGUUCUGCUUGGAAGUCGUGUCCCGAGACUGAUGCAGAAGAACUGUACAAAGGACUAGUUCAGUCCUUCUAUGAAAUGAUCAAGUUGACAACAAUGGCCCAACUUUAAGCACUGUUGAAAAGGAAAGCACGUUGCUAACAAUUGUAAACUACUAAAUCUUUACGUAUUUGCAUUAGUAUAGUUGUAAAUAACACAUGAUUACCCGAGGUCUGUGCUACAAAAUUUACUUGAAAUAAUAAUGCUUUUUUCUCAAAUUACUACUUCGCAAUAUCAAUGCAACAUUUUUGAAACUAUGCACAAUACAAUGCAAAAGAUACAGAUAAGUAACACAAAGAAAAGAUAGAAUAAUUACAAUUUUCACUUCUUGGUUUUAGAAUUAACUUUUUGUGUGGAAAAGGAGAAAAAGCCGCACUUAUUAAUUUUAAUUAAUUUUUGACAGAACUAGUCUGUCUGUUUCACAGAAACAAUGUAUGUAGCCUAUUUCUGAAAGUAGGAAUCAGACUCUUGAUUGUUUAGAGUUUUGAAAGUAAUCUUUAAAAUCUGUAAAUAUGAUUUUAGGAUUUAUUUAAUAUAUUUAAUGUGUAAAGUGAGAACAUCAAUGUUGGACCAAUCAAUGAAUUGUUGUUUUGGGGGUUGUACAAUUUGAGCAUCCUUUACUUAAUUCUCUGUUAUAUACUGGAUAUUUUACCAAGAUAAAGCACUGACAAGAAGUAAAGCUGACCAAAGUAGUUGAUGCCAAUUUGAAAAAGACAGUUAAUAAUUUGCAACAGAUUAAAAUCUACAUGGUUAUUAGUAGCCUUUUGGUACGAGGUAAAAAGAUGUUACAAGCCAGAAUUAGCCAAAUAACUUCAUAAUGCAUAUGAAUCACAGAAUGUUUUUUGUCAGGCGAACAAAAUUGAUUUAUACAAACUUGCAGCCUCUCUGAAAGAUUCUUUUAAUACAAGUGCUAAUUGUGUUUUUGGUGAAUUAUUUGUUGAAUGUUGCUUAACUUGCCCAAGUUAUUUCCAUUUGACAUUUUAUUUUUGAAGUUUAUCCAUGUUUUAACUUACUUUCUAUCUCCUACCUCACUUACACAUAUUGUCCCUUGGGAGUAGAAAGAUUCUUUCUAAAAAAAGUUUUGCAGUUACUGAGAGUUGUAAAUACUGAAGAUGACCUUGUUGCCUCUAAUGUUAAUAAUUGAAAUGCACUCUUGAGCAAUGUAUUCAGCUCCCUAAUCUUCCUAUCCUUCAUUAUUCUGUCAUGUAGCAACAGAACGAAAAAUCUUCAACCCUAAAGUCUUGCUCCUAAAUUUGCUAUGUUAUCUUUUUCAAUAUUUUCCUAUAUUUUUAAUCAACCUGUUCAGAGGUGUUGUUCCACAUCCCCCUAGACUGUGUGACUUGAACCAAGACCUCCUGGUUCAGUAUAGACACUACUCCUUCACAACAAGAGCUCUUUAGUCUUUCCUUGGCUCCCCUUGCAUAAUUUUCUGCAUACUUUGCACGCUGUUCUUUCUCUACCACUUAUGCAACAACAGAGCAUCUGAGGUAUCUCUAAGUAAAGUCAUCUAGUUCCCUGGGGUCAGUAUCUUUCUAGCUUGCAUUUGGAAAUUUGAACCAUUCCUUUUCUCUUUGAUUUUACCACCAGUUAAUGCUUUGUUCAUUUGAUUUGACUUUCCUCUUUCAUUCCUUUAUUCAUUUAUGCUAAUUUCUAUAUUUGUCUCAUUGAUUCUGGAAUAUUGUGAGCGGUUUUGGGCCCUGUAAUUUAUGGAAGAUGUGUUGGCAUUGGAGGGGGUCCAGAGGACAUUUACAAGAAUAAACCCCUGGGGUGAAGGACUUCUCAUAUGAGAAGCGAUUGCGGAUUCUAGGUCUGUUUUUGAUGGUAUUUAGAAAGGUGUGUGUGUGUGUGUGUGUGUGUGUGUGUGUCAUCUCAUAGUAUUCUGUAAAUUUCUGAGAGGCCUGGAUAUAGUGGAUAUGGAGAAGAUGUUUCCACUAGUGAGAGAGAUUAGGAGCUGAGGGCACAACCUCAAGGUGAAGGGACAUCUCUUUAGAAUUGAGAUGAGGGGGAAUGUCUUCAGCCAGAAUGUGGUGAACCUAUGGAACUCAGCCCUAGUAGGUCAACGAGGCUAAGUAAUUUAUUUAAGAUUGAAUAGUUGGAUCCUUGAUUAAUAAAAAGAUCAAGAGUUAUGGACAGAAGACAGGAGAAAGGGGUCAAGAAAUGGAUCAGCUGUGAUUGAAUGGUAGAGGAGAUUCGAUGGGCCAAACGGCCUAAUUCUGCUCCUUUAUCUUAUGGUCAUCAAUUUUUAACUUUAUGGUUUUUGUUUGGGGUUUUGCUUUCUUCCUCCUAAUUUCAAUAACUUAGCCAUUUUCACCCAUCAUGCCAAUUCAUGAGUUCUCUUUGUGUUAAGAAGUAGCUUGAUGCAUAAGAGUUGCCAUCUUUUGUAGACUUGGUGCAAAUGUCCCCCUGAAACACCCUUGAGCUUCCUGUCUUUCACUAUUCUAGCAUGUAACAAGGGAACUAAAUGUUUUCUUCCUGAGUCUUGAGAUUCCAAAACAGAUUUAAAUCCAUUUUUUCAAGUCUUCCUUAUAUAAUCGGCUCUCCUUGCACAAUUUUUUAAAUACUCUCCAAAGUGCCCUUUUAUUAACCACGUCAUAGACAACAGAGCAGCUGAAGUUCUCUGGACAGUCAUAAAGAGUGCUCUGCUCUCCACCUAUUUGUAUUCUCCUACUGAUGGUAAUUCUCACCAAAAUACUGACCUUACUAUAUAUUUUUUUAAAAUAAGACCACAAUUUUGAACCCUUUUUAUGACUUACUGAACAUAAAUCCAUGCAUUCUGUUUGCCCUAGAAUGCUUCUGUAUUGAAAGGAUUCCUUUGGGAGAAACAUCACAGCACUUAUUGUGAAAAUAAUCAUUGCUCAUGAAAAAUAAAUUGCUCUUUAAUUUCACUGAUAUUUUUAAAAAAAAAUUCUUAUGGAGGUCAUGCUGAUUAGUAUGAAAGUAUUGCUUGUUUCAGGAAAUACAGAUAGAUCGCCCAUAGAAAUGGUUGGAGUUGUGUGCAUGACUGUUACCUACAAUGUUUUGUAAACACCCAAUCCCAGUGAUGUUUGUAAAACAUUGCAAUUAUGGAAUAAAUAGACACCAUAGGAAUGCUUUGGUAAGAAAGCAUAUGUUGAGUUAAACUUGUGGCAAGUAAUCGAUCGGAUAAGUCAAUGAAUGGUGAUUAGUGGUAACAAAAUUAGAGGCGCCGUUGGCUUCACUACUAAGAGCAACAGUCUUCAUAGAAAAUUCAUUUUCAUGUCCCUCUCAAAGUCUCACACCAUCUGACUUAGAACUAUAUUCUUUCACUUCACUGAGUCAAAAUCCUAAAACGUUAUCCCUAACAGUACAUGUGGAUGUAUACACCACAAGGACUGAACAGUUUCAGAACUCUAUCUUCCUGAGGGCAUUUGGGGAUGAACAAUAAAGUUUGCCUUACCAGGAAUAUUUGUAUCCCAAUAACAAUUUUUUAAAAUUCUACUACAAAGACAGUGAUGUAAAGAAUUUGUAACACAUUUUCUGGCAACGUGAUUUUUUUUUGUAUAACAUAUACAUUACAGUUUGGUUUAGUAGCUUGAUUUGAAAGAUAUACAAGAUCAGAUUAGCUAGCUGAUUAUAAGUAUAGAUUGAUUUACAGUUAACCUUCAAUUUAAAAAUUGUUUGCUAUAAUAACCUACUACAUUGUGGCAGUGUUUUUGGCUGCUAAGUUUCCACGGUAAUUUUUCACACA